AUGGGCAAGGCCCAUGGUGGUGCACCCUUCCUUGCCAUGGGGAAGAUCCGUUACACUUACCUUCCUUACCUUCCUUACCUUCCUUACCUUCCUUUUUCUCCCUUCUAUGCCUUCCCUGCCUUCCCUGCCUUCCCUGCCUACCCUCCCUUCACUCCCUUCCCUCGCUUCCCUGACUCCCUGCCUUCCCUGCCUCCCAUCGCUUCCCUCCCAUCCCGUUCUUCCCUUCCCGCAUCCCCAUUUUCCCUUUCUGCCUUCCCAUUCCCCUUCCCGCCUCCCCAUCUUCCCUCCCUUCUCUCCGUUCCCUCCCUUCUCUCCCUCCUCUCCGUUCCCUCCCUUCCCUCCCUUCUCUCCGCUCCCUCCCUUUCCCUCCCUUCUCUCCCUUCCCCCCCUUCUCUCCCUUCCGGCCCUUCUCUCCCUUCCCUACCUUCUCUCCCUUCCCUCUCUUCCCUCCCUUCCCUCUCCCUUGUCUCCCUUCCCUCCUUUCUCUUCCUUCCCUCCCUUCCCCCCUUCCCUCCGUUCCCUCUGUUCCCUUCUUUCUCUCCCUUCUCUCCCUUCCCUCCCUUCUCUCCCUUCCCUCCCUUCUCUCCCUUUCCUCCCUUCUCUCUCUUCCCUCCCUUCUCUCCCUUCCCUCCCUUCCCUCCCUUCUCUCCCUUCCCUCCCUUCCCUCCCGCCUCCCCAUCUUCUCAACCCCUCUUCCCUUCCCCUCCUUGCAUCCCCAUCUUCCCGCCCUGCAUACCUCUCUCCCCUCCCUGCAUCCCCAUCUCCCCUCCCUGCAUCCUCUGUAAACCUUUCCCUGCUUCUCCUCACUUCUCCCCCGCCCCCUCCUGCCUCUCAUCAUUUUCUCCCCUGCUUCCCCUCAUUUCCCUUCCUCACUGUGCCCUCCGCAGGCCUCCCUGCUAUACUAUUCCCUCUUGUUACCUUCCCUGCCGUCCCCCCUACGAUGGAAGCGAUCUCAAUGUGCUUUUCCUCACAUGCCCUCCAAAGCCUGCUUCUCCUCACUUCUCCAUCUGA